AUGGAAGGUGGUAUUCAGAAAGGAGAUGACGACUGGGACACUGCAAGUCUUGCGACCACAUCACAGGAAGAAAAAGGCAGAGUUGCACCGCAAGAUGCGCGUGCAAAGAGAGAUGAUCUGAGUUCGGGUUCUCAGCGAGCGAAGCUCAAUACACCGCGACAAAACCGAGUAGAAGUUCAAGAGAAAAAGGAAGAAAAUCUCACGGGAUCACCCCGAUCCCAGAAAUCAAGGACGGGUUCCCCUCGCUCCCAGAACUCAAGGCCGGAUUCCCCGAAAAAGCUAGCAGAUCUCCGCAAAAAAGAGAUGCUAAGUCUUCCGAACUCACCCUUUCCUAGCUCUUCCAGGCCUGGGUCCCCCAGACCAGAAGCUACCGCGAGGAAAGGAGAAUUGAGCCCAGGAUCGCCUCAAGACCGAGUCAGAGAAGCCAAGCCAAUACCACUGUCACCAGAGGAUAACCAGCUGAACCAACAAGGCAUCGCCGUCGAUCCCAACAAGUCCUACGAGAUAACGCCUGAGGUUUGUUCCGUCUUCAUAUUUAUAUGA